CCACCACCUCUUGCCAUAAAUGAGAAUUUGAGAGAGGCAUCUUCUUCAUUCUCACUCUCUCUCUAUCUGUCUCUCUCCUCUUAUUUACUCCUCCCUUCCCUGCUUUACCUUUCUUCAUUUCCCCUCACACAUCUCAAGAAAAUAAGCUAUCUACUUCCACUUCCAUAACCCCAUUACAAUUUCUCUCUUUUUCCCUGUCUUCUUUUGUUACUGGUUUGUUUUUGGGACUCUUUUUGAGCUUGGUUGGAUUAGGCCUGUUGCUUGAAGGGUGCUCUGAAUUGGGUUUUGUUUGGUUUUGGUAAUUUAUGAGUAAUGAGAAAAUGGGAACUGAGGAAAAGCAUGAGGCUGAGGUUCAUGAUCGUGAUGAGACUUCAACCCAAGGAACAAUUGCUGUUCCUGUUCACAAGUUUUGUCCGUCAGUUGCGAAAAGUAAUUUGCCGGAGUUAUUAUUGGAUUUAUAUAGGUCUACAAUCUGUCUGUGGAAAUGAGCUUAAGGCAGACCUGAUGUGCUAGCUCCCCAAACUCAAUGAUUGAAGACUCAAUGGGAGUAACUGAAGAAGCACCCCAAGUUCAUCCAUGGAAGCGACAAAAUCUCUACCUGGAGAUACCUUCAAGAACAUCAGAAGACUGUGUUGAGGAUUUUGUUGCGAUAAAGAUGCCUCCAACACCAAGCCCCACUCCUAGAAAAGUAAAUUUUCUCUUGACACCUGGUUCCAUAGAUGCAAGAGUUAGUGGAUCACCAGGCCCCUCUUCUGCUAAAGGCAAAUCAUCUAUAAAAGCUCUUUUCCCAAAACUAAGUUUUAAGUAUCGAAGCUCUUCUGAUAUCGAGAAGGUUUCCAACCUAGCUUCAGAAGGGUCGUCUACAGGAGCGAGGGAGAAACCUUCCAUUUCAAGGUCAUUGUCCCUCACAAAGCUAUUCACGCCCCGGAUGAGGAGAACAUCAUCCUUACCUGUUACUCCAAUUGCUCUUUCACACCCAGAAUCUGCACAUGGUGGAAGUGUUGGUGGCUCUCUGACUUCAAUACGGAAAGAAUCCCAAGUACAGAUAUCUCGCUCACUUUCAGUACCUGUCAACAAUAAAGAAAGACAAUUAAGGAGGAUGGAUUCAUUUUUUCGUGUAAUUCCUUCGACUCCUCGACUGAAGGAAGUGGAUGUAAUAUCGAUUAGUUCCCCAACGGCAGAUUCUGGAAAAGAUGAUGAUGAUGCUGGUGAAGACAUAUCUGAAGAAGAGGCUGUCUGUAGAAUUUGUCUAGUUGAACUAUGCGAAGGGGGUGAGACCCUCAAAAUGGAAUGCAGUUGCAAAGGUGAACUUGCUCUGGCUCACCAAGAAUGUGCUAUAAAAUGGUUUAGCAUCAAAGGCAAUAAGACCUGUGAUGUGUGCAAGCAAGAGGUUCAAAACCUUUCUGUCACUCUAUUGCGAAUUCAAAGUAUUCGAGCUCGAAAUGCUGGAACAAGUAGAUUUGAUCAGGAAGAUGCUAAUGGAUACAGGGUUUGGCAGGAAGUACCUGUGCUUGUCAUUAUCAGCAUGCUUGCCUACUUUUGUUUUCUUGAGCAGCUCCUGGUUGAGAAGAUGGGUAUUGGAGCAAUUGCCAUAUCUCUUCCAUUUUCUUGUGUACUGGGUCUCCUCUCAUCCAUGACCUCAACAACCAUGGUGAAAAGAAGAUUUGUCUGGGUUUAUGCAUCGGUUCAGUUUGCUCUGGUGGUUCUAUUUGCACAUAUAUUUUAUUCAUUGGUUCGUGUGCAAGCAGUUCUUUGUAUUCUGCUUGCAACAUUUGCCGGGUUGGGUGUUGCAAUGAGUGGGAGUUCGAUUAUUGUCGAGUGCUUGAGAUGGAAAAGAAGAUGGCAAACUACCUCACAGCGACCGCUUAGCUCUUAAACGUUGACAUGACCGGGCCACUUCACCAGUACGGUACCAUAAAUUCACACAGGAUAUGCCAAUCCUUAAGACCAGCGCGUGCACUGAAGGAGAAAAUCCAGUAACUUUUAGUGGGGCUUAAAUUGUUAUGGCAUCAAUGGUUAAUAUCAUAUAAAUAUGCUUAUAGCUGAGGUGAGAAUUUUGAUACUUCUGUAAUAUAUUCAGGAAUUUGAUAUCCUUCCCACUUUUAAUACAA